CUUGCGAAAGCUACGAGGCGGCGCCGCAGCGGUGGCGCUUCGAUCGCAACCUCCGCUUGGUGCUUGUUGUAAGCGGCAUCUGUCAAAAGUUAAAUAAAAGCGUUGUGUCCUGUGCUUGUGCAGCCAGCAGCAGUAGUAAAGCUAAAAACUGUCAUUGUUUCAGCACCAUGUCGGCCGCCGAAGUCGAACAGACCAACGGUAACUACAUCGAUGACCACAUUCGCACACUCAAGUUGCAGAGCCAUGUCGGAUUUGACAGCCUUCCCGAACAGCUGGUUAGCAAAUCUGUGCAGCAGGGCUUCCAUUUCAACAUCCUCUGCAUAGGUGAGACGGGCAUAGGGAAGUCAACCCUAAUGGAGUCUCUGUUCAACCGUUCUUUUGAAACCACACAAAGCCCACACAACUUGGCCAAUGUGGUGCUAAAACCGAAGACUUUUGAAUUGCAGGAAAGCAAUGUAAGGCUCAAACUGACAAUUGUGGACACUGUUGGCUAUGGGGACCAAAUCAACAAGGAAGACAGUUUCAAGGCCAUUGUGGACUACAUCAAUGCCCAAUUUGAAAACUACCUCCAGGAAGAGCUUAAGAUCAAGCGUUGCCUGUCGCUGUACCAUGAUACCCGUAUCCAUGCCUGCCUGUACUUCAUUUGCCCUACAGGACAUGGGCUCAAGUCUAUUGACCUUGUGUGCAUGAAGAAACUGGACAGCAAGGUGAACAUCAUUCCCAUCAUUGCCAAGGCAGACACCAUUUCCAAGACAGAGCUACAGAGGUUCAAGAUUAAGAUAAUGAGCGAGCUUGUCAGCAAUGGAGUUCAGAUUUACCAGUUCCCAACAGACGAUGAAGCAUCGGCGGAGCUUAAUCAGAGCAUGAAUGCCCACGUUCCACUGGCUGUUGUAGGGAGCACAGAUUUUGUCCGAGUCGGAAACAAGAUGGUCCGAGCACGCCAGUAUCCUUGGGGAACAGUUCAAGUGGAGAAUGAGAACCACUGUGACUUCGUGAAGCUUCGGGAGAUGCUUCUACGGACAAACAUGGAAGACUUGAGGGAGCAGACGCACACACGCCACUAUGAGCUGUACCGGCGCAUGCGGUUGGAGCAGAUGGGCUUCUCGGAUGUCGGCACUGACAACAAGCCAGUCAGCUUUCAAGAGACCUAUGAACAGAAGCGGCAGGAGCACCUCAGUGAGCUGCAGCGGAAGGAGGAUGAGAUGCGCCAGAUGUUUGUGGUUCGAGUCAAGGACAAAGAGGCCGAGCUCAAGGAAGCUGAAAAGGAGCUGCAUGCCAAGUUUGACGCAUUGAAGAAACAGCACGCCGAGGAGAAACGCAAGCUGGAAGAUGAGCGCAAGCGACUCGAGGACGAAAUUCGGCAGCUCAACGACAAGAAAGCCCUGGUGCAGCAAGUGCAGAGCCACUCCUCUCACACGCUCACCCUGGGCAAGAGCAAGAAGAAGUGAUGUCUGCUUACUCCAGGCUGGCACAUCACACCACUCUGCUUGUCACCACGGGAACUGGGGGUUAUCGACGCAACUCUGGGGCGUCCUCUUUGUUCCACUCGCCACUGUGUCAAGCAGAGGGUAAGUUAUGGCUGCGGCUGCUGGCAGGCCUUGGUAGUGUGGCCAAGUGUCCUCGCUUGCUGUUUCUCUCGAGUGCGAAGUUACAACGCGGUGGGUGCGGCUCUUUUGUAAAUGCGGCUUCUUUGAAGUGAACCUCGGCAAGUCCGUCUCGUCCAGAACGUCGCAUCUAGGGGAGGGAGGUCUUACAACUGACUCUGAUAUUGUUGUCAAAGCGUCCUCAGGUGCCCCUCUUUUCUCUGGACGAUGUGGCCCGUGCUGCAUCUUGUCAAUGCAACUACUUUAAUAGAAUGGCAUGUCUUGUUCUGAGAUACUGUUAACAGGUUGAAAGAUCAGCGAAGGCACACUUUGGUCUGACUUAGUGUGGAGAGUGAAUGGUUUGAAAAGGUCAACAAUGUUAGGAAUUAGUUGCUUACUGGUAUAGUGUAAGUAGCAGUCAUUGAGAACUUGAAACAAGCUGCUACCAAUAAAGGCUUUACAACCUCCGAAAGUUCUUUUCUUCUUUAGUGAGGGUGUACAGCCAUACUUGUGAGCAUCUUUUUCUAAAUGCACAAACUGCAACGUAUUUACUUUAUUAACCGAAGCUUGUGACUUUUUCAGCAGCAGCCAUUCAUUCUAGCACACAGACAAGUAACUAGGGGAGGUGAGAGAUAGUCGCAAAUGCACAAAUGAAUUGCUUCAUGUUCCUUUUAUAUACAUCAUCACACAGAUCCAAAGGAAAGUAAAGGGCUUUGAACUUUGUUCUUUUGAAAAAUGUAAAUACGUAUGCGUUCUUCGUCGUCUCCUUGCAGUGUAUAAACAUGAAAUGAAAUAUCCAUGCUUGUGGAAAUGCAGCAUCCGCCGCCCGAGUUUCUAUUAUGUCAAACUGGCCAUAUCCCAAAUUGGUACUGUUGGGAACUCUUGCCUUCAGUGUGCUCUGGUUGAUAAAGUUUGCUAAAGUUGAUCUUUCGAAAAGAAUAUGCCAACAAGGUAUGGUGCAGGAAUUCAGUUGCGCCAAGUAAAAUCAUCCUUGUAGGUGGGCCGGUGAGAACACCCAGCCAAAAUGUCGUCUCCUUAUAUAGUAUGUUCAUUCUUUUGUAGCCAUGUUAAGCUGGCAAUUGAACCAUAUCGGCUCUGGUGCUACUUUUCAAGAUGAUGCAGGCCAAGUGGCAGACUGCGCAUUCUUUCUCAUUUAUUUUUAUCAUUUUAGUAAAUGUUGUCAUGUGUUAAUUUGAUGUCAAAAUUAAUUAAUUGUGCCUACCCUAGAAAGUUCAAGAAGCAUGUUUGAACAGAAGGUGUGGGUGGAAAGCACCAGUGCCAAAUCAACAGAAAUCUUAUGUGUAUUUCCUACUAACUUAUUUCAUAGCUUUUUUUCCCUAAGCUUUUGUUUUUUGCACCUUGUCGAUUGUGAACUUGUUUCAAAAGUCAAGAGCUUCCUCAGCUCUAGCAGACUUUGCGAACUGUUGCUUGUAUGGUGUAUCUUGCAUCUCUGCAGCUUGUGCUUAUGAGUGAUUUUCUUUCCAGAAAAGCAGAAAUAAUGUAGUUUAAUGAACACAUAAUGAAUUUUCUUGUGUUAGCUUUAUUUGUGUGAGUACUUUGUUCCAUGUUCUCAAAGAAAUUAUUUACCUGUGCUGGCAUGGUGGUGCCAUGGUUUGGACAAAUGCAGCAAGCAUCCAAGAGCUCAUGUGUACUGUAGCUUGCAAGGAAACUGAGGUGAACGUGAGUGUUUUCAGAUCAAAAUGAAUUUUAUUUACAACUGCCUUUUUUUUCUCUGUUGUGGACAUAGCAUGUGUAUUGUCUCGUGUACUACUUUUUUAAUUCGCAGCAUUGAAGAAAAUGUAGUGGUAGUGCAGUCUUGCAGUGCACCGUUUCACUUUUCAGUGUCCGUGCAAGUUAAAUCAUGCUAUGUUCUCUCUACCAUGGUAAAAGAUGCUCUACUUAUCGCUACUUAAGGUUCUCACGACGCAUGGAAGUCGCUCUGAUGUAAUAAGUUCGUAUGGCUGCGUAGAUUGCUGACUUGCACUUUGGCAGGCUGGCAACUGCCGAGUUAAUUUAAUGUAGCAAAGACUUGCCAUUGCACUACUUCAUUUGUAGUAUCAUUCCACCACGGGUGUUUCCUUGUUUGUAUGUUUUAUAUUAGGAUAGUUCCCAGUAACUGUUUUGUUUUAUAUGGACAAGAGGUGCAUAGUGUCUUACUUAAGUUUAUACAGUUGAACCCUUUAUAAGAGACACACUUGGGGGAGCAGUUCUUGUCCCAUAUAUGAGGUGUCUCUUAUAAGCAGGGUACCAUGUUCUCAUUUUCAGAUCAACCUCUGUUUCGAUGUAGGCACACUGGUGUCUCUUAUACCAAAUUCUCUGUUACAUCGGUGCCUCUUAUAAAGGAGUUCAGCUGUACUACUGUGUGGUUCUUUCACCACAGGAGAUACUAUGUUUGUGCAUAUAGUCAGGUUAUUAAGCACUCUUGCCCACCACACUUCCCUGUGACAGUGGCAUUUUUCUGACAUUGAAGGAGCCAAUGGUCAAAAUCGCUUCAGAGAGAUAGUACUUCAUUCUAAUGUAAUGAGGUGUGUUGGUGAAGAAGUACUUGCCCACAUACUAUUCUGUUAUUGGAGGGGGGGAAGCUGAGACAAAAGAGGUUAAAACAAUUGUGCACCUAGUGAUUUUCUUUUGAGAUCUUCUAACAAUCAUUAGGAUAAAGAUGCCUUGAAAUGCGGAUGCACUCUACCGUGGUAGAAUGUAAAUGUUCCUUUGUGGUAACUAUAAGCAGAUCUUAUAAGCAGAUCUAUAAGAGAGAAGAACUAUAAGCAUCUGACUCGAAAAUAAGUUCGUUGUAUCCAAAAAUUCGUUAUAAACAUAUAUUUGUAACACUGUAUGUGUAAGAAGACCAUUCUUCAUUUACUUCGUUAUAACCGAUAAUUCGUUGUAUCCGUGUUCAUUAUAUUGAGGUUUGAGUGUAUACCAAAAUGAAUAUUGAACAAAGAUAAUGUAACAGUCUCAUCGAAACCUUUUCUCGUUUGUGAUUCGUCAGUGGUCUGACAGGCACUCCUACCUAUGUUAUAAUCAAAAUUGGCCAGUUGUAAGCAGUGGAUGGUAACAAAGAAAUAGAAUCGAUAGAAAGGAAUUGUUACUUUAUGCCAGCCUUGUUAACUAUGCUUUUACUUUAGAGAAGCAGAGAUGUUGUGUUCUAUCAUUUUAUCUAAAGAACAGGUUCUUGCAUCAUAUACUUCCAUAUAUUAUGUUGUAGCUUAAUUGUUGUCCAUUUGAAUCGUUUGGCAGAAAUAAUCAGUUGAAGUGUUUUGAAAACAUGUUUCAUUAAGGUUUAAAAAAACACUUGUCAAAUGCGAACUGCACUAAUUUUUGUUUUUACUCAGAAUACUGUAGAGAACAAAAUGUGGUCUUCAAGCUUUACAGGGAAUGGUGUGCCUUGUAGGUGAACUCUGAUGUAAAAUUUUUUUGCAGAAAAGUCUAUACUGCGAUAAAUCAACCUACUAUGCCAUGUUGCCGACAGAGUCAAGGUGUAUUAAUUGCGGAGAUGUCAGUGUGAAUGUUGUUAGGUAGCAUUGGUUACCUCUUUGUCAUACCAUAUGAAAAAGGUGCUGGUGGCAAAAUUACUGCACUGUUUGUAAUGGGAGAAAUAGGUGCAGUUUGCUUUAUACUUUGACUCAUGAAUUUAUUUAACGCUUGUGAUGUGAUACCGGUCGUGAUGUUCAGGCUCGUUUGCUGCUCAGCACGGUUGUGACCAAAACUGUGUUGGGCUGGCGUUCUCAGCUGCAUUCUUUGGCGGAUGUAAGAAAGACAAGUGCGAUUUGUGUCGUGUGAAACAUGGCUACCGAUGCGAGUUGAAAAUGAAUGGUAAAGCUUACUGAUAGUUCAUGUGCUUAAUGUUGGCAAAGUAACGGAAAGAGAUUUGUUCUGCAGAUUUGCGUCUGCAAGGCAUUGGAAUGGCCAAUUAUUAAACACUGUCUACACAUAUUUGUACUAAUUACAAUUUUGUCAUGUUGCCCACUUUAGAGGGGGCAGCAUUCUCGUCUUGAUGUACAUUUUUACCAUGUCCUGUGCCUUUGGCUAUAUAUUUACCUUAGUUCAGGGCAUUUAGAACAGUACGUUAGUGGUGAUUCCAGAGCUUCACUGGUGCACUGUGGGAAAGACAUAAGUGCUGGAGCCAAAGUCCAUUUGCUACUUGUCGCAGUAGUGUGCUUUGCUAAGGGACACAUCAGUAACUGAUAGUUAAACACACACUAAUGACUUUCCUCAGUGCUGGGUGUCACUAUUGUAAGAGACCUCACCAGCCCAAAUGUCAGCUUGGCAAUGAAAUCGAGGCUGUAUCGUCAGGUGAUAACUUUCGAAGACUCUUUCAUGAGACUAGUGCUGGCUGAGUCAGCGUCUAGGGGCAACAGUGUUCAUAGUGCAAUGCUAAGCACGCUGUUCUAACACAUUGCCUUGGAUUCUACUGAACGUAGAUGACAAUUGACACUGGUUUCACAAAAGUGGAAGUAUGUUCUGAACUGACCGCCAGAGAAUAUUGCCCCAGCACGCUGAAGAGCUGUGGCACAUUUAAACUUAUUUUCACUGAUGACCUUGAUGUCAUUGUAUAAGAAAGUAAGGUGAGCAGGCAGACACGAUCAACCCCUACCAAAUAGCUCAACUUUCUCUAGUUCUUGACCUCAUUGUUCAUAGAUUGGCCAGCCUUGCAGAAGGGGAUCUGCACUCCUCCACUUUGAAUCGUUCCACGUAGUAUAGUUGAACACAUUGAACGACUUAGUCUCUAUUAAUUCAGUUGAGCUUCAUGUUCAUUGCACGAAGGGAAAAAUAUCCUGUAAAGUGAUUGAUCGACCGCUCCUUCCUUGUUGUGAUCUGUGUUGAGUAGAUUGUAGCAUCGGACUAGCGUAGGCAAAGACAGGACAUGCACUUGUGGUGUCCUGUAUUUUGCAUGUGGCCAUCCUGGUUAAUCUGGAUACACUUAAACCUCAUUGUAACAAAGUUGCGUUUGACACGAAAAUAACUUCGCUAUAUCCGAAAAUACUUUAUAAGCGUACUAUAUUCGAACCACUGUAUCUAUUACCAAGGCCAUUCUUCAUUUCCUUCGUUAUAGUCGAUAAUAUGUUGUAUCUGUGCUCAUUAUAUCAAGCUUUGAGUGUAGUCUACUUAGUGCACGUCUUUGAUAGAACGUUUCCCUACUACACAUGAAAUCUGCAUUUCCAGAGGUUGCAAGCCUUUUGUGGGUGGUUUUGCAGCUCCUCUGUGUCUAUGAAUAGAUAUGAAGGGAAGACAACCUUGCAGCCUCAGUUGAAGUGCACAUGUGUUUUCAUAAUUGCUCGCAAAAUUAUAUGUUGUAUACAUGCUUUAAAAAGCAUGAUUCAGGGGUGUCUUCUCAGUGGUUUCUGACGUUUUUUUUUAUUUUUUUUCUCUUGCUGCCCAAUUAAUGUUUAUAUUGUGUUCUUGAAUAUUCUGUAAUUUGUCCUGUAUCAGUCUAACAAGUGGUACCUGCUGAAAAAAGCCAUUGGUUCACAGUUUACAGUGACCUGACAGUUUUUCGGUGUUUUGCCAAACACGGGACUAAGACGAUGUACCGUUUAACAUAUACCAGAGAAGUUCCUUAACAAAGGUAGUUUUUUUUUUCAUGUCUGCUUAUUAAUACAAUGAAUUACCCUACUUCAUGCUUUUAUAAACAUGACCUGGAGAUUGCUCACAAACUGUUUUCCAUCUCCCUUGACAUUCCCUUAAGGUGGUGUGUUGCUACCAUGAGUGUGAGUGGUACACUGACAUAUUUACUUUUGUACAGAACAAAGGAAAACCUCCAGCUGUAUAACCUCAGACCUAAAAGCCUAGAACUCUGCUUGCAUUUAUCUCGCAGAUCUUAAGUGUCCUUGGUCCUUGUGGUCUGUGUCAUCCUGUGUGCUUCAUACCUAGUCACUGUAUAAACUGUGCUAUUAAAGGAA